UGCGGCGCGGCCUGGCGCGGAGUGUGGCCGUGUGUCGGUGUGUCGGUGUGUCCCGGUGUGUCGGUGUGUCCCGGUGUCCCGGUGUGUCCCGCGAUGGUGAAGCUCACGGCGGAGCUGAUCGAGCAGGCGGCACAGUACACCAACGCCGUCCGCGACCGGGAGCUCGACCUGCGCGGCUAUAAAAUCCCAGUCAUUGAGAACUUGGGGGCCACUCUGGACCAGUUUGAUGCCAUCGAUUUCUCUGACAACGAGAUCCGCAAGCUGGACGGGUUCCCGCUGCUGCGGAGGCUGAAAACGCUGCUCAUGAACAACAACAGGAUUUGUCGGAUUGGUGAGAACCUGGAGCAGGCUCUGCCCAGCCUCACAGAGCUCAUCCUCACCAACAACAACAUUGCUGAACUGGGUGAACUGGAUCCAUUAUCAACAAUUAAAUCAUUGACUUACCUGAGCGUUCUAAGGAAUCCUGUAACAAAUAAGAAACAUUACAGAUUAUAUCUAAUUCAUAAAGUUCCCCAGGUCAGAGUGCUGGAUUUUCAAAAAGUGAAGCUCAAAGAGCGACAGGAGGCAGAGAAAAUGUUCAAGGGCAAACGGGGUGCACAGCUUGCAAAGGAUAUUGCCAGGAGAGCAAAAACCUUCAAUCCAGGGGCUGGUCUGCCAACAGACAAAAAGAAAACUGGGCCCUCUCCAGGGGACGUGGAGGCAAUUAAGACUGCCAUCGCCAACGCCUCGACCCUGGCGGAGGUGGAGCGGCUGAAGGGAUUGCUGCAGGCGGGACAGAUCCCCGGCCGGGAGCGCAAACCAGGCCCAUCGGAGGACGGCGAGGAAGAAAUGGAGGAGGACACAGUGCCAAACGGCUCGUAGCGCGGGCCGUGCCCGCCGGAGCCCGUUCCUGUCCCGUGCCGUGCCGGUGUCCCCGGCGGGGCGCGCCCCCGCCCGCGCGCGUUUCGCUGUUCAAUAAACGAGCGGUCCCUUUUUCUCC